AUGAAAUUAUUCAUUUCUCUUGUCGUGUUGGCAGCAGUCAUUUGCUCGGCCUUUGCUCAGCCACGUCCAAAUGCUGAAGCCGUGGAAACAUUGGAAAGUGUCGAUGGAGGAGUAGGUGUAGACGCCGAUUCAGGAUUAACACGCAAAGUACGUGGUUUUGGUGGAUUCGGAGGAUUCUAUCCAAGAUAUGGCCGUGGCUUCUAUCCAGGCGGUUAUGGCGGCUAUGGUGGCUAUCCAGGAUUCGGUGGUGGUUUCGGUGGUGGCAGCAGUUAUGCUCAAGCUUCUGCGGGAGCAUCAGGUUUCGGUGGUGGCUUCUACGGUCGUUGA